AUGGCCUGUUGUGCUGUUGGAGCCUACAUCGUCUUUCGUUUUCUCAAUAUACACGAGAAAUUAUGUACUCUUUAUCCUCGCCAAGAUUAUGCCGAGCGUCGCCCCGCCCAACGACCAAAAGCAGUCAAAGGUACCCAGGUUAGCAUCUUGAGUCUAGAUGGCCUUACUUGCGCAUCGUGUGUGUCCGAUGUUGAAGACAUAAUCGGGUCGAUCCCUGGAGUCUUGAAGGCUACCGUUUCACUUGGACUACUUCGAGCUCAAAUAGAAUUCGACAAUGAUGUAACAGAAGAGAAGAUUAUCGAAUUCAUCCACUCUGCUGGCUACGAAGCCCAUUCCCUGCCGUCAUCUGACUCUCAGAGCUGGGCUAGUCUCUUAUCUAUGAUAGAAGAGCCCUCGAAUUCCCAGAAGAACCAUAUUAGUUCAUGUCAGAGGGACUUUCUCGUGGCGACUAUGGCUUCAGUUCUUUUCUUUGCGUCACGCAGCAUCAACGAGCUAUGGAAAACGGAAAACAAUGACAUAAACUUGAUUGCGCAUGUUGCUAUUGUAAUGAGCCUACUAUCUGGAUCGCAACUCCAUUUCGAGGCCUUCCGCUCUGCAUGGCACGGAAGAAGACCAAAUAUGGCAACUCUUGCAUCACUUGGUAUCAUGCUGGCUCUUAUGCAAGCUGCCGUUGAUUCUCUAGAGACUGGCAUAAACGGAUCUCAUCACAUGGAUUUAAAGUCCAUAGAAGCGAUCCCGAUUCUCUCUACGAGUGUCCUUGGGGGCCGUUUACUCAAGACCAUCCUUUCCCAACGGAGCAGGGUCUUCGGAUCUCCGCUCUCAAGUCUGGUACCUGCCAUGGCUAAAGUUUGCAACAAAACAGAUCAAAAUGCCUCUAUUCCUAUUAAUAUGUUAUCUCCUGGCGACAGCGUUAUUGUGAACCAGGGAGAGCACAUACCUUGCGAUGGAGUGGUCCAGAGCAUAGAGUCAGCUCUUGUCACAGAGACUUGGAUCAACGGCUCUUUGGAACCCAGAGUAGUUGACCGUGGAGAUGCUGUAUAUGCGGGCGGUCAAGUCCAACAAGGCUCGCUCGCUUGUAGGGCAACAGCCUGCGGGCGUUCUACUCGCCUAGGUCAACUACUGGCAUCCGUCGUGACGGCGGAACUGGCCAACUCAGAGCCCCAGCUUCAUUGUGCGAUCUCAUGGUUUUCAAGUGCAGUUAUCCUACUUGCAACAAGCAUACUAAUCUCUUAUCUUGUGCUCACGAAGAGCAGCUGGGCAGAUGGGUUGGGCCGAGCUUCAGCGUUGCUACUAGCCGCUUGCCCGUGUUCCCUGAGUUUGAGCGUUCCGACUUGUAAACUGCUAGCUACAGUGCGAUCAUCAAAGUUUGGAGUCCGGUUGGUGACUACUUAUGCCAGACUAAGAAGCGCCGCAGCCGCUCAAACUAUCCUCUUUGACAAGACUGGUACUCUUACACAUGGUGACCUGAAAGUCACACAUGCCAGCUUCUCCGAGGAGUGGGGUUCAUCACAGACGCAAGACAUUUUGUGGAGGGCUGUGCAGGAGAUUGAAGCCGGGAACACUCACCCGGUUGCCCGAGCGCUUUUCCAAAAGAGUCCCUCAAAGCUAGAAGAGAAGGUCGAGUGGUUAACUACAUUGAUGGUAUCCGAAAUCAAGCACGAACUUGGUCGCGGCGCCCAAGCGGUUGUGACAGCCAUUCAAUCCGGCUCGAGUUCCACCUCUUGGAAGUUGGCAAUCGGAAGCCGCGCAUACAUCGAGAGUCUAGGAGUUUCCGUCGACCUCAGUCAAACGCCUGUGAAGAUCAGAACCGGGAUCACAACGACUGUUGUGCUAGCCAUGGAUGACAAGCAAGCUGCCGUCUUUGUACUCGAAGACAAAGUUCGCUCUGAUGCUCACCAAGUUAUACGACAACUCAAAGACUUGGGUCUAACUAUCGGGAUGAUUACAGGCGAUAACGCCGCUUCAGCUACCUCUGUCGCUCGCGAAGUAGGCAUUGAUUCAGACAUGGUAUUCGCCAAUGCCCUCCCAGAAGAGAAAUGUCGAACUUUGGCCCGAUUUCUCCAGCGCGGACCGGCUAUAUACGUCGGUGACAACUACAACGACAUUUUGUGCUUUGCAUCGGCGUCGUUUAGUAUUUGUGUCGCGGGCUCGGACAUGAAGUCUGUCGACGAUGACUGUGCUGAUGCGACGUUGAUAUCGUCUGAGACUCCCCCGCUGAGUCGCAUUCCGUUGAUGAUACGCUUGGCGCGGCAUAUGAGCGGUAUCGUGACGCAGAACCAUUGUUGGGCUGUUGUUUACAAUAUCCUAUCUGUGGUCAGCGUGCUAGGUAUGGGUGGAAUAGGACCGCCUUCUCCAGUUUGGUCUAGUAUAGGAAUGGGGUUAAGCAGUGUCGUUGUGCUAUGGAACAGCUCAAGGGUGAAUGAUGGGCAAUUGAGUUGAGAUAAUCGAGUGGAACAGGCUGGGCCAUGGUGAACGUACUGGGUAAAGCAAGCUAUAGCGGAGCAUUCCGUAGCAAGGAAAAUAAACAUUUAUCACUUCCACGGCAAGUUGAAGCUGAUUUCGACCCUAGACAUAGACAUAGAGCUGGAGAUUACUAGCAUUUUGAGCCCA